CAGUGAGCAGCGCAGUCAGUGAAAACAGACGCAUUGAGCUAAACAGGACACAGACUGAAAUAAACCCCUCAUGGGGACGCACUGAAGAACAGCAUAUAUUCGCUUAUUUAUCGUGAAGGAAAUGCGGGACAAAGAGACGGCAGUUUAACUUGUUUAAACUUUGGACGGCAGUGACUGAGCGUUGAACGCGAACCCGUUAGCCGCUGUUACCUGUUUGUACCUGCAGCCUUUAGCCUGGACCGUCACCGUGACAUUGAGUGUGAGCGCGGACGCUGCAGCACAAACUUUCUCACGCUGGACUCACACACACAUACACACACAUACACACACACAGCGGCUCCACAAUGCGGCUGACUGCGACCAGCUGCCUCACACCGACAGCUCUGCUGGUCCUGAUGAUCGUCCGUUGCUCCGACGGCAUUUCAUUAUCUCCCGAAGAGGCGAACCAGUUUCUGUCCAGACACCGGAGAGCAUAUCAAGUUUUCGAGGAGACGAAACAAGGACACUUGGAGAGGGAAUGUGUGGAGGAAAGAUGCAGCAAAGAGGAGGCCAGAGAAGUGUUUGAAAAUGACCCUGAGACGGAGUACUUCUAUCCUAAAUAUUUAGCUUGUGUGGAGAAAUUUGGGGAUUCUGAACAUAACAAACAGGAUCUGGUCACCUGUGUCCACAAUAUUCCAGACCAGUGUUCUCCUUCUCCCUGUAAUCCCAGAGGUACAGUGCGUUGUGAGGACCAAAAGGGUGACUUCCUGUGCCACUGUUUUACAGGCUGGACAGGACCCAAAUGUGAAGAAGAUGUCAAUGAGUGCAGCAAGAGGAAUGGAGGGUGUGACCAUGAGUGCAACAACACCAUGGGCAGCUACCGCUGUGCCUGUCACCAGGGCUACGCUCUGCUAGCACGCCACAUGUGUCGUGAUGUGGAUGAGUGCGAGGACCCAGACGUGUGUGGAACUGCUCACUGCACAAAUACAGAUGGUAGCUAUGUUUGCUUGUGUGAUCCCGGCUACAUCUAUGACAACGAAAGCAAAGGUUGUGUUGAUGUGGAUGAGUGUGAGGCGCAUGUGUGCACGGAGGAGUGCGUGAACACUCCGGGAAGUUUCCGUUGUUUCUGUGAUGGUCGUCGUGACAUGAAGCUGGGACAAGACCUCAGGAGCUGUAAGCCUAUCACGCCCUGUAUGUCGCUGUCUCUAAGGAGGAACCCCCGUUCUCUUUACCUGGGUCGCAUGUUCAGCGGGGUGCCUGUAGUACGGCUGCGUUUUCGCAGAAAGAUUCACACUGGGUUUUCGGCAGAAUUUGACUUCCGGACAUAUGAUCCUGAGGGGGUGAUCUUCUUUGCUGGAGGUCACUUACACAGCUCCUGGAUUGUGCUGGCAAUGCAUCAUGGGAAGCUGGAGUUGCAACUGAAGUAUGGCACUGUCAGCAGGGUGACCAGCAGUGGACCCUUUGUCAACGACGGCCAGUGGAGAAAGAUCUCUGUAGAAGAACAGGGUCGGAGUCUCGUAAUUAAGAUCGACAGAGAGGCUGUGAUGAAGAUAGCAGUAAAUGGAGAUCUGUUCACAGUAAAGAAAGGCAUGCAUGAACUCAACCUCACUGUUGGAGGAGUUCCUUUUAAAGAAGACGGCCUUGUUAAUCAGUUGAAUCCCCGUCUAGAUGGCUGUAUGAAAGAUUGGCGCUGGUUGACGGGUGAAGAUACCUCCAUACAAGAAACAGUACAAGCCAAUGACAACAUGCAGUGUUUCAGCGCUGAGGAUCAUGGGUCAUUUUACCCGGGCACAGGCUUUGCUCUCUUCAACAUCAGCUAUGCCUCACAGAGCCUCACUGUGCGUUUGACCCUGCGUCCCAUUUCUGCUUUGGGCGUGUUGUUUGCACUGGUUCACCAGGACACCGUGCCACUCUCCAUUGCUCUGGCUGAUUAUCACCCCGGUACUGAUGAGUGGCGAGAUUUUCUUCUGGUGUCAGCCGGUGAGGUCAUUAUUGCCAGUGCUCCAGCCCCCCUGUGUGAUGGUGAGAGUCAUCUCAUCCAGGUGACCGUCUCAGACAACCAGACCCAGCUGAUCAUUGAUGGCCAGUCUGGACGAAGUGAAGAAAUCCAAGGUCCUCUUGACAUUCUGUCCGAGUCUAGCACAUUCUUAGGAGGCCUUCCCGAUGUUCCACUGGUGUCCACGCUGGUGUCGGCGCCUUACAGGGGCUGUAUGGAGGUCAGUGUUAACGGACAGUCUCUGGACCUGGACCAAGCCAUCCACAAACACAACGAUAUCCGCUCGCACUCCUGCCCUCUGCUGGACGCCCAGUGACCAUUGUGUCAGUGUGCCAAAACUGAUGCAUCAGCAGCUCGAUGAUUUUAAUAUUAUUUAUAAAAAAUAAGCCUUUACCUGUUUGUUUGAUAAUAAGGUUU